AUGAACUGGUUGCGGAACCGCGUCUCGGCCGCCGUCUUCACUCGUCCCAGUGCUUCCCUGAACUCAGUGAGUUGGGAGCUCCAACAAUGCCGCGGAAUCCGAGUGAAGGUCUUUAACAACAAUCUAGAGAGAGCAUUGGCGGUGAUGCAAAGGAUGAUGCAGUCCAGCGGGAUUGAACGGAUCAUAAAGCGCCAGCAGCCUCGCCAUAUCAAGAACUGCGAGAAGCGGGUACUCGCUAAGAAAGCCCUCCAGCGUAAGGUCCGCUCCCAAGAACUCGCUCGCAAGCUCAAAUCCAUCCUCGUCAAGAAAGUCAGGGGUCUGUAA